CAUCCACAAACCAUCUAAGAACUGAAGAAACUCUCCAACAAUGGCUUCCUUUUCUUCAACCUUUCAUCUCUUCCUCAUCCUCACAACUUCAACCUUUCUUUUUUCAAUCCUCUCUGCAACUCUCAUCGAAGACCUCAACACCCUGCACCCGCCUCCAGACUUCAAUUCAACUCUCUUCAGCAACUGUGCCCACAACCCUUCCCACAAGUACUGCAAUUCCUCCCCCAUGGACUUGACUGAAAUCUUCAAGUCCACCAUUGUUGCAUCUUAUCUUUGCAACGAAUCCAAGAACCCGAACUGCAUAGAAUCCUUCCCGAAGAUUGACCUUCGAAAUCGCCCAAAAAUCGUCCCUCUUUACUUGUCCUUCAGCUUCUUCUGGAAGUACUGUCCCAUCAGCAUUGUCUCCAUUGAUCUUGCAAAUAACUCCUUGAAGGGAAAUUUCCCAAAGGAAGUUCUUCUUUGCAAUCAAAUUCAGGCUCUUGACUUGAGUUUCAAUCAACUUUCAGGCGAUUUCCCGGUUGAAAUUUUCACUUCUCUUAUUAAUCUUACCUUUCUGAAUCUUUCAUACAAUCAUUUUUCGGAGAUCAAAGUUUCGGAUAUGGAGUUCUUGAAUCGGUUUAACUCUUCAAGCUUUGUUCAUUCUGGUCUUCUUCCGAAGCACCGGAACUACACCAUUAAAGCUGUUAUUUUGCUGGUUGGUUUUCCUGUCUUUGUUAUUCUGAUGAUUGUUUCAAUGGGGUGGUUGUGUUUUGUGAGGCCAGAUUAUCUUCCAGGAAGGUGCAGAAGAAACCAUAAGUUCACAACAUGGAUGCUCAAGGCGGCAACCGAUGGAUUUUCGAGGAAAAAUCUGGUGAGCAAAGGGGAAACUUUCGCUAUAUAUAGAGGAAUCCUGAGGUAUGGUACUCAGGUGAAGAUUGAAAUCUACAGGAAUGACAUUUCCAGGGAGGUUCUCCGAAAUUUUGUCGAGGAAUGCAAGGUUCUUGUUCAGUUACGACACAAGAACUUGGUUCAAGUUCUGGGUUGGUGUAGCAGCAGAAGAAUGAGGGCGAUUGUAACAGAAUGGACAGAUGGGGAGACCAUAGAGUUGUGGCUAUCAGGAUCGGCAGCUCCUCCAUGGAAGAACAGAUUGAAAGUGUUGAUAGGAGUUGUCGAAGGAAUGCGUUAUAUGCACGAUCAAUGGCCUGAAAUUGGCUAUGAUCUCAGGACAAGCAGUGUUUUGUUAUCUCACAAUUUCAAGCCCCUGAUUUCAAGGUUUACGAUUAAAGAUCAUCAAAUCAGUAGCACCAAAAAAAUUAACAUGUUCGGCUUAUUUCUACUGGAGAUGAUAGUAAACAGGAGCCUCCGGGAAGAAUUUGAGCAAGGUGAAGCAGCAUUUUUUGAAUUCAUCAGAAUGCAUUACCCAGAAAAUUUGCAGAACGUGAUUGAUGGGCGAAUGCGGUUGACAGGAAACAUGGUUGAUCAAGUUAAGCAAGGAAUAGGCCUUGCAUUGAUGUGCACAGAUCAACCCAGUGGAGAACUCCCCGGUUUGAAUCAGAUUUACGGUAUGAUAAUGGGGGUCUACCAGGCAUGCCUAGCCAUAACAUCUGAAGAUCAUAAAGGUCAUAAAAGAUCACACAGUGAUGUGGGGCGAAGAAACAAGCACAAUAAGCUCAGGUGAAGUUUUAUUAUGCACGCAGAAUGUACAGAUAAAAGCUCAUUAUUCAGUAGUAGUUAAGAUAUUUUGCAAUCCCUAAUACGUAGUUAGCCUGCCUGAGUAGUGUAAUAUUUCAGUAGCCAAACUUGUUGCAAUGAACAGGCAAUGAUUUAUAAGAAACAUGCUUCAU